AACACCGUACCGUACCGCAGCUCUCCGUCGCCCCACCGCCACCUGCAAGAUGAGUCCGUGGUGGAAGCCCCUCUUGCUGGCCACCGCGGCCCUCGCCGCGCUCCUCGCGGCCGACGCUACCGUGGAUACGACGUGCAAGGCGGCAGCCGCCACGGACGACCGCGUCGACUACGGCUUCUGCGUGUCGGAGCUGAGCAAGCACCGCGACAGCCCUGGCGCGGACGCCUGGGGCCUGGCCAAGGUGGCUGCCAACCUCGGCGUCAACAACGCCGGCGGCGCGGUCCGCGACGCGGAGGCGCUGCUGGCCGGGCAGCCGGGUGCGGGCGCGGACGGCGCCAAGGCGAGGGCGGCGCUGGGGCAGUGCCGCAGGCUCUACUUCGACAUGGAGCUCGCGCUCGCGGGCGCGUACGACGAGAUCGACGCGCGCGAGUACGCGGCGGGGAAGGAGAUGGCCGUGGAGGGCAUCGCGUUGGCGCGGCGCUGCGACGCCGUCUUCGCCGAGGCCGGGAUGCCGUCGCUGCUCGCGCGGCGCGCGGAGUACGCUCAGCAGAUCACGGUCUUGUGCAUUGCCAUCACCGACCUCAUCGAGUGAUGGUCUGCGUUCUUCAGUCUUGUACUAGGCUUGUGUAGCAAAUAAUAAUUGGUACGAUAUGUGAAGGGUCAACAAGGCGCGAAUUCUUUGAAUAACAGUCCAGGUUUUUAG